AUGCUUCCGUGGUCGCUGGCGGCGUUCGCCCUCUACUGCUCGAUCUUGAUCCUUGGCGUGGACGGUCGCUGCGGCGACAGACUCGAGCGCGCCCUCGGCUUGAUGCAGCAGCGCGGUGCCGCGAGCCGCCGAGGCCACGAGGCCGAGGAUCCGAGAGCCGUCUAUCACCAAAGGCUCCGCUCCGCGCCCAUCGACGUCUCCGUCACCAAACUCUCGGUCGAGAUCCCACAGUCGAGCAUCCGGGACGGGCCAAGUUGGGCCAAGGUCGAGCGGUGCGCCUACGAGCCGAGCACGAGCUCGAUCCGGAGCCGCGUGGGCUUUAAGGAGCUCGCUGUGAGUGGCCUGGUGGAGCUCCUUAUGGCAUACGGGGCCGGGCCGAAGAAGGUCCGGCUGCCCGCCGAAUCGUGCCGAGUGAGUCUGCGGCUGAGACGCGCCGGCAUGGAGUUCUACGCGAGCCCGAUAGCGCGGGGCCGCGGACAGAUGCGCGUUCGCACGGAGUCGAGCUUCCUCGAGCCCCGCUUCGCCUCGAUCUAUGCUUACGGGUGCAGGGCUCUUGCGACGUCCCCGCCCAGCCACGACCGUAAUGUCGUCGAGUCGUCCGAGCCGAGGGAGCGCGGACCAGCCAACGACGACUCAUCGGACCAUCUUCAGCAGCAGCAGCAGCAGCAGCAGCAGCAGCAGAAACAACGGCAAUGGACGAGCAGCGACUCCAACAUCGUGUCAAACUCCUCGGCGUUCGAGAGCGAGGAGCCGACGGAGGAGGAGAACCGACUGGGCGCCUCCCUGGACCCGAUUUUCGGCUCAGCCAACGACGCCCUUCUGGACUCCCUGUGGCGUUCGCGCGGUGACAUCGCCCGCGAGAUGGAGGACGUGUUCCUGAGAAGCGCUAGCCAAGCAAUCACCCACUACAUCGAGAAGCAGCUCCAUCCGGCCAUUAAGGAGACUCUCCUGCUCUCCAUGGGCUACACCAUAAGCUACGGAUGAUCGUGGCAGCCUUGGUCGAUUCGCCCGGUUAACGCGUCGCUCUUCGAUCAUAAAUUGCUCAAUGGACGGCCGGGCGUAUGAGCGUUCGUGCGUAGCCAACUCAAAGUAAUAAAAGCUCUCGGAUCUCAAAAAGCCCGUCAAUCUCAUCACUAUUGUCGUGAUUCUUUUAAUUGUGCUUGCUCGAAUUGGUCGAAGCCAGCAGGCACUCGUCGUGUCGUCGCUGCAUUUUCAAUUUAUUUAUUUUCAUACGAAACCUUGAUAUUUCCUCGUUAAGGUAUCGCCAUUGCAACAAAAUGUCACGUAAUAAUUAUAAUGUAAUAAAUUAUAUAUUUUACACUUUUUCAACAACACUAUACAAAUUGUGAAAAGAUUCUCUUUUUAAUUUCUUAAAAAUACGUGCACUGAUUAGAAACGUAUUUUAAUUCUAUGUCUUACGUUUGUUUACGUUGUACUCCAUUGUACGUUAUUUCUAAAUUAAAAUUAAGAAUAUUAAUAGCUAUGCAUUAAUGAUGUCCGAUUCAAACACUUCUAUUACGGAAUAUCGUAUAAAUAUGUAUUUAAUUUAUAAAACGAAGUAAAUGUACAGACAAAAAUUUUCGAGGUA